AUGAGCGGGAGCGGCGCGGCGCCCGGCCCGGGCUCGGGCUCCUCCCCGGCCGGCUCCUCCCCGGCCGCCUGCCGUUUCGCGCACUACUUCGUGCUGUGCGGGAUCGACGCGGACAGCGGCCUGGAGCCCGACGAGCUGGCGGGUGAAAAUUUUGACCAGAGUCCUUUGAGAAGAACAUUCAAAUCCAAAGUUCUGGCCCACUAUCCUCAGAAUAUAGAAUGGAACCCUUUCGAUCAAGAUGCAGUAAACAUGUUGUGCAUGCCUAAAGGGCUAUCUUUCAGAACACAAACUGACAAUAAAGACCCUCAGUUCCACUCAUUUAUAAUUACCCGGGAAGAUGGUUCUCGUACCUACGGUUUUGUUCUCACUUUUUAUGAAGAAGUUACAAGUAAGCAAAUCUGCACAGCAAUGCAGACGCUCUACCAGAUGCACAACGCAGAGCAUUACAGCAGCUUGUACGCUUCAUCCUCCUGCAGCAUGGACUCACUGGCAAGCAGUAUUGACGAGGGAGAUACAACUUCCCUUUUGAAACUCCAGCGAUACAACUCUUAUGACAUCAGCAGAGACACCCUGUAUGUUUCAAAAAGUAUAUGUUUGAUCACACCACUGCCUUUCAUGCAGGCCUGCAAGAAAUUCCUUAUCCAGCUUUACAAGGCAGUUACCUCACAGCAGCCACCACCCUUGCCGCUUGAGAGCUACAUCCAUAAUAUUCUCUAUGAGGUGCCCCUUCCUCCUCCAGGGAGAUCACUGAAAUUUUAUGGUGUUUAUGAACCCGUCAUCUGUCAGAGGCCGGGCCCCAGUGAACUUCCUCUCUCCGAUUACCCGCUCCGAGAGGUCUUCGAGCUCCUGGGCCUGGAGAACUUGGUACAGGUGUUUACCUGUGUUCUUUUAGAGAUGCAGAUCCUUCUCUACUCACAAGAUUAUCAACGCCUGAUGACUGUGGCGGAAGGCAUCACCACACUUCUGUUCCCAUUUCAGUGGCAGCAUGUUUAUGUGCCCAUCCUCCCUGCUUCUCUGCUACAUUUUCUUGAUGCUCCUGUCCCUUAUCUGAUGGGCCUUCAGUCAAAAGAAGGAACUGACCGUUCUAAGCUAGAACUUCCUCAAGAGGCUAAUUUGUGUUUUGUGGAUAUUGACAACCAUUUUAUUGAGUUGCCUGAAGAAUUUCCACAGUUCCCCAAUAAAGUAGAUUUUAUCCAAGAACUCUCUGAAAUUCUUCUUCAAUUUGGGAUCCCUCCUGAGGGCAGCCUACAUUGUAGUGAGAGUGCCACCAAGCUAAAGAAUCUGGUUCUGAAAGACUUGGUCAAUGACAAGAAGAAUGGGAACGUCUCUGCUAAUAACAUUAGCGUGUAUGAGUUACUGAAGGGCAACGAAACCAUAGCCCGCCUCCAGGCUCUAGCCAAGCGGACUGGUGUGACCGUGGAAAAAAUGGACCUCUCUGCCUCUUUGAGUGAAAAAGAAAAAGAUUUAAAACUGCAGUGUGAAGAGGCAGAACUAAGGGACUACCAGCUCAACGUACAGCUCCGAGAGGUCUUUGCUAACCGCUUUACACAGAUGUUUGCAGAUUAUGAAGCGUUUGUGAUUCAGACUGCCCAGGACAUGGAAUCUUGGCUGACCAACCGGGAACAGAUGCAGAACUUUGACAAAGCUUCCUUUCUGUCUGACCAGCCUGAACCUUACCUGCCAUUUCUUUCACGCUUCAUUGAAACACAGAUGUUUGCCACCUUUAUUGAUAAUAAAAUUAUGUCUCAGUGGGAAGAGAAAGAUCCUUUGCUUCGAGUCUUUGACUCUCGGAUUGAGAAGAUAAGACUGUAUAAUGUAAGGGCACCCACCUUGAGGACAUCUAUAUAUCAGAAAUGCAGCACUUUAAAAGAAGCAGCCCAGUCAAUUGAGCAGCGACUGAUGAAAAUGGAUCACACUGCAAUCCACCCACAUCUACUUGAUAUGAAAAUUGGUCAAGGCAAAUAUGAGCAAGGGUUCUUUCCAAAGUUACAGUCUGAUGUCUUGGCAACAGGACCAGCUAAUAACAAUCGCUGGGUAAGUCGGAGUGCCACUGCACAGCGCCGGAAAGACCGCCUUCGCCAACAUUCCGAGCACAUUGGGCUGGACAACGACCUGAGGGAGAAAUACAUGCAAGAGGCACGAAGUUUAGGAAAAAACCUGAGGCAACCCAAAUUGUCAGACCUCUCUCCUGCAGUGAUUGCACAAACCAACUGGAAAUUUGUAGAAGGCUUAUUAAAAGAAUGUAGAAUGAAGACAAAACGCAUGUUGGUGGAAAAGAUGGGCCACGAAGCAGUGGAACUGGGCCAUGGGGAAGCAAACAUAACCGGCUUGGAGGAGAACACCCUGAUCGCCAGCCUCUGUGACCUGCUGGAAAGGAUAUGGAGCCAUGGCUUGCAGGUCAAGCAGGGGAAGUCAGCUUUGUGGUCACAUUUAAUUCAGUUUCAGGACAGAGAAGAGAAACAAGAGCACCUUGCAGAAUCACCAGUUGCCCUUGGACCAGAAAGAAGAAAAUCUGACUCAGGAGUUAUGUUGCCAACACUCAGGGUCUCUCUUAUCCAAGACAUGAGGCAUAUUCAAAACAUGAGUGAGAUCAAGACUGAUGUCGGACGAGCUCGAGCAUGGAUAAGAUUGUCUCUAGAAAAGAAGCUCUUGUCCCAGCAUCUCAAGCAGUUGCUCUCUAACCAACUGCUCACAAAGAAGCUUUAUAAACGUUAUGCUUUUCUACGUUGUGAAGAAGAAAGAGAGCAGUUUCUUUACCAUCUUCUUUCCCUCAAUGCUGUGGACUAUUUCUGCUUCACCAGUGUGUUCACCACUAUCAUGAUUCCGUAUAGGUCAGUGAUCAUUCCCAUCAAAAAGCUGAGCAAUGCGAUCAUCACAUCGAACCCUUGGAUCUGUGUAUCAGGAGAACUAGGAGACACGGGAGUAAUGCAGAUUCCCAAAAAUCUCCUCGAAAUGACUUUUGAAUGCCAGAACCUGGGGAAGCUGACUACUGUUCAGAUUGGUCACGAUAACUCAGGACUGUUAGCCAAAUGGCUAGUGGAUUGUGUCAUGGUCAGAAACGAAAUCACAGGACAUACAUACAGGUUCCCAUGCGGGCGGUGGCUGGGGAAAGGCAUUGAUGAUGGAAGCCUGGAGAGAAUUCUCAUUGGAGAAUUGAUGAUAUCAGCAGCAGAUGAGGAUCUAGUGAAGCAGUGUCGGACUCCACCCCAGCAGAAAUCACCCACCAUGGCCAGGAGACUAAGCAUCACUUCACUGACAGGAAAAACUACCAAACCCAGUGCUGGACAGAUCCAAGAAGGAAUUGGAGAAGCUGUGAACAAUAUUGUGAAACAUUUUCACAAACCUGAAAAAGAGAGAGGAAGCCUCACUGUGUUGCUGUGUGGAGAGAGUGGCUUAGUUGCAGCACUUGAGCAAGUUUUCCACCAUGGCUUCAAAUCUGCUCGCAUCUUUCACAAGAACGUCUUCAUCUGGGACUUCAUAGAGAGAGCAGUUGCUUAUUUUGAAACAACUGACCAGAUUCUAGACAAUGAAGAUGAUGUCCUCAUUCAGAAAUCAUCCUGCAAAACCUUCUGCCACUAUGUAAAUGCUAUUAAUACUGCACCCAGGAACAUUGGGAAGGACGGCAAAUUCCAGAUUUUAGUUUGCCUUGGAACACGGGAUCGCCUGCUCCCACAGUGGAUUCCGCUGUUAGCCGAGUGUCCUGCCAUCACCCGAAUGUAUGAGGAGAGUGCCCUCCUGCGAGAUCGCAUGACCGUCAACUCCCUCAUCCGCAUUCUGCAGACCAUCCAGGACUUCACUAUAGUCUUAGAAGGCUCACUUAUCAAAGGAGUGGAUGUGUAA